AACUCGGAGCUCGGGCUGCCUGGCGGGUGAAGGCGGCGCCCCGGCUGCCGCCUGACACCCCUGCGCUGUUCGGUUGAGGAAGUGAAUUAACUUGUACCUGAAAGUCAUAUCUUGACGGCUACGUAGGCCGCCUGUCGGAUAGACCAUGUUUACAGCAAAACCUAAAAAGAAACACGCAACCAAAGGCCAGGGCGCAGCGGCAGCUAAACAGCUUGGCCUGUUUGUGGACUUUUCAUGUGAAGACAUGCUUACUGAAGGAGAUAGUAACGAUGGCGAUCUGGAAGCUGAGUUAGCUGCAAUUACUGGAGUGAAGGCAGUCACAAAACCAAAAUCCAAAGAAAAAACACCUUUGCCCAUGGACCACAUAGAACGAAUGGCUGAUGAAUGCAUGAAGGAUUUUGAUGAAAAUGAUGACGAUGAUGAUUUUGAAAAUGAUGAGGAUCUCUUGGCAGAGUUAAAGGAAGUGGUUGGGGAUGAGGAGGAAGAAUCUUCACCUUCUCCCACCGAUAUGCCAGCAUCGGUAAAGCAACAAAUUGUAUCUCAGCCUCAGUCAAGCACAGUUUCUACGAAUGCUGCUGGUUUGCAAGGUACACUGGAAGAACGAAUUCGGAUGUAUGGGAUUGCAAUUGCUAAUGCAAAGCAAGCUGGGGAAACCUCCAAAAUGAAAAGAUAUGAACGAGGACUAAAGACUCUACAGACAAUGUUGGCUUCUGCAAAGAAAGGUAAAAAAAUAGAUGAAGCAGAAAUUCCUCCCCCAGUGGCCACUGGUAAAAGCAGUGCUCCAGUCCUCCAACCUGAUGGCUUAAAUGCAGGAAGUUUGGAAGCUGAAAAUGUAGAAGAUGGAAAAGCUGAAAUUCCUGAUGAAACAGCAGCACCAGCAAAAUCUACUAAGACUGAGUUACCUCUGUCUUCCAUGCCUGAGCCUCACAAUGUUCUUGAAGAGCAGGCACCUACCACUCACUCACAGAUCAGUGAUGUGCCCAUUGCAGCAGUUAACGAAAAUACAGGGUCGGAUGAUUCAAAAACAAAAGAGCUGUUAAUUGGAAGACAGAAGGAAUAUAAAUUGGCUGCACUGAGAGCAAAGCAACAAGGAGACAUCACAAAAGCUCUAGAAUAUGUGAAAAUCUGCAAAAGGCUUGAUAUUGCGUUAAAGGCUUUGCACAACGGGGAACCAGUGGAUCUAAGUAAUUUGCUAUCAUCAUUAACAGAUACCUCAACCCAAGACAAAUCAGCAAGUCCUUCGAGGACAGUAACUAUUCCUGAUCAUCAAGAAGGUGGUCCUAAAACAGAACCUCAGGGUAACACAGAAUCAGGCCCACCACCAGCACCCAAAGACAUACUGGAAGCUCUACAGCAAAGAAUGGAGAGAUACAAAACAGCAGCAUCUCAGGCGAAAGCUACUGGAAAUGAUCGUAAGGCAAGGAUGCAUGAGAGAAUAGCAAAGCAAUACCAGGAUGCCAUCAGAGCACAUAAGUCUGGAAGAAAAGUGGAUUUUGGAGAUCUUCCAGUACCUCCAGGAUUUCCAGCUAUACCAGGAGUGGGAGGAACAUCUGGAGACAUUGGCAUCACUGGGGCACUUCAAGCUGCUUCCAGACUAGCUACUGCUGAAGCUGAGAUGGAGGAGGACGAUGGCGAGACUGGAACUCCUCAGUCCGCUGCUCAGCCUCCAGUUGCAAAGAGACCUGCAAAACUCGUAGACGAUGUGGCGCAGACACCUCCGACCUUGCCAGCAUCAGCCGAGGAAAGGCACUCCCCGAAACCCAUUCCGAAGCCAACGUCACAGGAUAACCUGGCUCAGCAAAAUAUAAUUGCCCAACAACAAGUGGAAUUUCUUGAGAAUCGAAAGAAGCAGUACAUGAAAGCUGCUUUGCAGGCAAAGCAAAAGAACAACCUGGAACAAGCAAAGCAUUUUUUUAGGACUGCCAAAGGCUUUGACCCACUGAUUCUGGCUGUCCAAAAUGGGAAACCAAUUGAUAUUUCAAAGGUUCCUUCCCCCCCUGAGGAUGAGCAGAAUGACAAUGACUUUAUAAUAGUGCAUCAUAAUGAUGUGCAGAUUUCAGCAAAGAUAGAUGAAGUAUACACACACCUUAUAAACCUUCUGAAAGAACAGUAUGAGAAAUGUAUGACAUAUUCCAAGCAAUUUACACAUCUUGGUAAUGUGGCUGAGACUACAAAAUUUGAAAAGAUGGCUGAAAAUUGUAAAAAAAAUCUUGAAAUCCUUAAACUUGGGCAAGCUCAGGGCUUGGAACCUCCAAAGUACCACUUUGAGGAGAGGACAUUUAAAACUCUACGGAUAUUUUCAGACAUUAGUAGUACUGAGAUGCUUCUCAUCAUUGUGAAAGGAAUAAAUCUUCCUGCUCCUUCAGGUGUGUCUGUACAUGACCUUGAUGCAUUUGUAAAGUUUGAAUUUCAGUAUCCUAGUACAGAGCAAGCUCAACGAAACAAAACUUCUGUAAUAAGGAAUACUAAUUGUCCAGAGUAUAAUGAGAGUUUUACACUGAAUAUUAACAGAAAUCAUCGUGGAUUUAAACGAAUAAUUCAGACAAAAGGAAUUAAAUUUGAAGUAUUUCAUAAGGGUGGAUUUUUCAGGAGUGAUAAACCCGUUGGAACUGCACAGCUAAAACUGGACAAGCUAGAAACUGAAUGUGAGGUCAGAGAAAUUGUGGAGAUUUUUGAUGGCAGGAAAUCAACUGGUGGUCGGUUGGAAUUGAAAGUUAGAAUCAGAGAACCUCUCCAGGGUCAAGAUAUGCAAACUACAACAGAAAAGUGGCUGAUUCUGGACCCAAUCGCGCGGUGAGAAUAUGCAGAUCGAUUUGUGACAUCUACCCACCUCUCACCUGCUACAGAAUGGAACCGAAUAUAUAAUUAUGAAUUGUUGCUAUUGCCAAUUUACGCAUAAAAAGCCAAAGAUGUUGUGAAGUACACUGUAUGCUGUAUUUCAUUAGUAAUGUGCAAAUACAAAGUUGCCAUUAAUGUAACGGGUAAGAGCAAGGGAAUGUACAAAAUAAAAAUAAAUUAAUGAUGAACUUG